AUGAUUGAUGGAGGGGUGCACUUGAAUUGGGACAACUUUAAGAAAGCUUUUCUUGAAAAAUAUUUUCCGGAUAAUGUGAGGAGUAGGAAAGAAAUGGAAUUCCUUGAACUGAAUCAAGGGAACGACACUGUGGCAGAGUAUGCUGCCAAAUUUGAUGCUUUGGUUCGUUAUUGUACACACUAUCAUGGUAAGGGUGGUGAAAGAGCUAAAUGCAUAAAAUUUGUAAAUGGUCUACGUCCUGAAGUGAAAACUGCAAUUAACUAUCAGGAGAUAUAUCACUUUCCCACUCUGGUUAAUAAGUGUAGCAUUUAUGAUCGUGACAACCGUGCUCGUGCUGCUUUUUAUAAAGAAGUUGGAGGUCCUAUCCGUGCUGUGAGUUCUAGUACUUCGGGUAGGAGUAAGUCUUACUCCGUUUCUAAUAGAUUUCAAGGGAGUAAAGCUGCUGCUAAUAAAAGCAAGUCCCUUACUAGAGGAUCCACUGUUAGUGCUACUGGAAGUGUUGGAGGUGGCAAGGGUCACAUCAGCACCCAAUGUCCUGAACCACGAAGAACACGUGUUAUUGGGUCGGGUUCACAAAUUGAGCGUCCAAAGACUGUAGGGAGAGUAUUUUCUCUUAGUGGUGUCGAAGCUUCUCUGUCAGAAAAUUUGAUACAAGAUUUUGAUUUAGUUGUUGAAACCCCUACUAAUGGUCCUGUGACUACAUCCCUAGUGUGUUUGAAAUGUCCUUUGACAGUUUCUGAUAAGCAGUUUCUAGUUGACUUAAUUUGUUUGCCUCUUAGUCAAUUAGAUGUAAUUCUUGGUAUGGAUUGGUUAUCUUCUCACCAUGUCCUUUUAAACUGCUUUGAGAAAUCUAUUUCCUUUGGUGAAUGUAAGAGUACGGAAUUUCUUAGUGCUGCUGACAUUAAAACUUGUUUAAAAGACAAUGAAAGAGUGUACAUGAUCUUAGCUUCUUUAACACUUGAGACUGAUAGUAAGCUAGAUGAGAUUCCCUUAGUGAGAGAAUUCCCAGAAGUAUUUCCUAAGGAUGUGUCUAGUUUACCACCUGAGAGAGAGAUUGAGUUUAGCAUAGACUUAGUGCCAG